AUGAGGAACUAUCUCCCGCCGCAGCCUGUAAUCGAAGAUUUUGUUGAGAAAAACCCGGAUGCCGGCUGGGAAGACUGGGUGGCUCGCAUAGAGGAGCUCUUGGCUGGCUUUCCGGAAACCCGAUUAGCAAGACAACAGAAGCAUUACUUGCAACUUGCCAAUUUGAAAGGAAGCCUGCGUGUCGGCAGUUUUGCAGUUUGCACAUCACGACGAUUGGGGGUCACCCCUGGCUCGGUACUCCUGUUGCAGAUGUGCACGAGUCUGCCAGUGAAGCAAGAGCUAUCCCAGCUAAGCUAUCCCGGUCUUAAACCUUCCCAAUGUCACAAUGGGACCAUGAUGCAGAAGAUCCAUCAGAUAUGGUUGGGAGUGAAAUCCCCUCUCCGAGGGAUUCAACCUCCGCCGAUGAAGCGAGAGCUGUCCCAGCUAGGCUAUCUCGCUUCAGAGGCACAUCAAACGCUCGUGAAAAUCGUCGACAAGCCUGAUAACCAGUGUUCCCUGGAUUCCCAUAAACGCAAAAAAGCAAGACUCUUGCUCGAAGAAGAUACUGCUGGUCCGGAGCCGACCGGGCUGGAAGAAGAAUUUGUUCCGCUCGAAGAGAUCACGGUGCUGCAAGAGGGAUCGGUUCCGCCAGAGGAGAUUGCGGGCCUGCAAGAGGUAUUGAAAGGAGCGAAUCUAAAAUUGGAGCAUGAUGUGAUUGUUGCAAAUAUCAAUUGUUCGCAGUUGAUACGCCAAGUUUUGAGUGAUGUUUUAUUGGACAUGCAGAAACCGGAAGGCGAUCAAAAAUUUAAUCAGUCCGUUCUAAUGACAGUACCCCAUGUAGAUGCUUAUACUGUGUAUAGUACAUUGAAAGGUGGUAUUUUAGUCACCCGGCAUCUUCCGGAGCCAUAUGAGAAAUAUUUGGAUACUAGAAACUGGGCCAAACUCUACCAUAGUAUUGCCCAUGAGACUCUUUGGGAUGCCGUAGCUGCGGUGGCGCCACCGGCUAUAGCAGCGGCCACACACAAGUUCGAAAUUAGGAAGCUUGUCGAGGAAGAGACAGAAGAUUCCCCUGACGAUAUGACAUUCUCCGAACUAGCUAGGGAUGAAGCAAUACCACUCGAAGCCAUAUAUCCUUAUGUCGGCGCCGACGCUCCAGCCUUUGAGCACGAACCGUCAUAUACUGGCAAAUAUGUCACUCCACACUUCAGCCGUCUAUUAUCUCCGAGAUGGAAGCUAUAUAUCGACACUGUAAUGAAUGACAGAAAGCAUCCAGAUAUCACUAUCAAAACUAUGGAUCGCAUUGUCCUUGUUGCGGAACUGAAGUCACCCCAUGCAACCAGUACCCAGCGAAACUUGCAGUUAGCUGAUGGGCUGGAACGUGCAAUGAAAUUAGUGAAGAAAGAUAUGUUAGAAUACGACUGGGGGCAAACUCCUCUGCAGCUGAUUACCGCAAUUGCACCAGACGGCGCAGUCUUCCACAUAUAUAAUGUCCAGAUUUAUGAAGGCUUGUGUUUCUGCGUCGAACUAGGCAAGAUCCCGAUUGUUAAUUCAUUGGAAAAUGUUGGAAAUCUCCCUCGCUGCAUUGCUGGUUUUCGCCGCUUGAAAGAGAUUUUGAAAGCGAGUGGAGAGCGUCUUUGCAGUCAAAGGGCCCGCCAUACCUUUCAAGAUGCGCCCAACUACCCCAUUACUCCUGAUAAACAUGGACUUCUUCGAGACCUACGCCAAGUCUUUCCCGAUGCGCUCACUCCGGAGACGAAGACGAAGGAAAAGCGUCGUCGAAGCCAAGGUUAG